CUGAUGCUGCUGCUGGCAGACAUGGACGUGGUGAAUCAGCUGGUGGCCGGCGGUCAGUUCCGGGUGGUCAAGGAGCCCCUUGGCUUCGUGAAGGUGCUGCAAUGGGUCUUUGCCAUCUUCGCCUUCGCCACCUGCGGCAGCUACAGUGGGGAGCUCCGGCUGAGCGUGGAGUGUGCCAACAAGACCGAGAGCGACCUCAGCAUUGAGGUGGAAUUUGAAUACCCUUUCAGGCUGCACCAAGUGUACUUUGAUGCUCCCACCUGCCGAGGUGGCACCACCAAGGUCUUCCUUGUGGGUGACUACUCCUCAUCGGCUGAAUUCUUUGUCACCGUGGCUGUCUUUGCCUUUCUCUACUCCAUGGGGGCCCUGGCCACCUACAUCUUCCUGCAGAACAAGUACCGAGAGAACAACAAGGGGCCCAUGCUGGACUUCCUGGCGACGGCAGUGUUUGCCUUCAUGUGGCUGGUCAGCUCAUCCGCAUGGGCCAAGGGCCUAUCUGACGUGAAGAUGGCCACAGACCCUGAGAACAUCAUCAAGGAGAUGUCCAUGUGCCGCCAGGCAGGAAACACGUGCAAGGAGCUGAGAGACCCUGUGACUUCAGGGCUCAACACCUCGGUGGUGUUCGGCUUCUUGAACCUGGUGCUCUGGGUCGGCAAUCUGUGGUUCGUGUUCAAGGAGACAGGCUGGGCCGCCCCGUUCCUGCGCGCGCCUCCCGGUGCCCCUGAGAAACAAGCCGCACCCGGGGAUGCCUACGGCGAUGCAGGCUACGGGCAGGGCCCCGGCGGGUACGGGCCCCAGGACUCCUACGGGCCCCAGGGCGGCUACCAGCCCGAUUAUGGGCAGCCUGCUGGCGGCGGUGGCGGAGGUUACGGGCCUCAGGGCGAUUAUGGGCAGCAAGGAUACGGGCAGCAGGGUGCGCCCACCUCCUUCUCCAAUCAGAUGUAAUCUGGUCAGUGCAGCCUGGGAGGACCCUAUGGGUGGGCAAGAGCUCAGAAGAAGGUCUGCCCCCCUUCCUAACCCUAUGCCCUAGGUCUCCAGCCCUCGAACCAGGAGAUCCUGUCUUUGCUGUUUAUAUAUAUAUAUAUAUUAUAU